CUUCACACCCAACCAAACAACCAACUCCUUCUCUCACCACCAUGCCUUACAACUGCUGCCUACCCAACAUCAGCUGCCGGACGAGCUGCUCCUCCAGGCCCUGCCUGCCUCCCAGUUGCCAUGGCUGCACCCUUCCAGGGGCCUGCAACAUCCCUGCCAAUGUGGGCAACUGUGGAUGGUUCUGUGAAGGUGCCUUCAAUGGCAAUGAGAAGGAGACCAUGCAGUUCCUGAAUGACCGCCUGGCCAACUACCUGGAGAAAGUGCGCCAGCUGGAGAGGGAGAAUGCUGAGCUGGAGGGUAGGAUCCGGGAGUGGUGCCAAGAGCAGGUCCCCUACGUGUGCCCAGACUACCAGUCCUACUUCAGGACCAUUGAGGAGCUCCAGCAGAAGAUCCUGUGCACCAAGGCAGAGAAUGCCAGGCUCGUGGUGCAGAUUGACAAUGCCAAGCUGGCUGCUGAUGACUUCAGGACCAAGUAUGAAACUGAGCUGUCUCUGCGCCAGUUAGUGGAAUCUGACAUUAAUAGUUUACGCAAGAUCCUAGAUGAGCUGACCUUGUGCAAGGCUGACCUAGAGGCCCAGGUGGAGUCUCUGAAGGAAGAGCUAAUCUGUCUCAAGAGGAAUCAUGAGGAGGAAGUCAACACCCUGCGCUGUCAGAUUGGAGAUAGGCUCAAUGUGGAGGUGGAUGCUGCCCCCACUGUGGACCUCAAUAGGGUGCUGAAUGAGACCAGGUGUCAGUAUGAGACCCUGGUGGAGAACAAUCGCAGGGACGUGGAGGAAUGGUUCACCACUCAGACAGAGGAACUGAACAAACAGGUGGUAUCCAGCUCUGAACAGUUACAGAAUUGCCAGGCAGAGAUCAUCGAAUUGAGACGCACUGUCAACGCUCUGGAGAUUGAGUUGCAGGCCCAACACAACCUGAGAGAUUCCUUGGAAAAUACCCUGACAGAGACUGAGGCCCGUUAUAGCUCCCAGCUGUCCCAGGUACAGUGUAUGAUCACCAAUGUUGAAGACCAGCUGGCUGAGAUCCGAGGUGACCUAGAGAGGCAAAACCAGGAAUACCAAGUGCUUCUGGAUGUUCGGGCCCGGCUAGAGUGUGAAAUCUCCACAUAUCGGGGUCUGUUGGAGAGUGAAGAUUGCAAGCUUCCCUGCAACCCCUGUGCUACAACCAACGCUUGCAGCAAACCCAUUGGUCCCUGCCCAAUCAGCAAUCCUUGUGUCCCAUGUGCCCCUUGUGUCCCAUGUGCCCCUUGUGUCCCCUGCACACCUUGUGCCCCUCGUUCACGAUGUGGCCCCUGCAACUCCUUUGUUUGCUAAAAGAGGUGAAAAGAAGAAAAGGUUAAGUGCUUCUAACCAAUUCAGAGCCCUGUUCAUAUCAGUGGAAUUCUCUGAGACAGGGAGGAAACAUUAGAAAUAUUCACUCCCUUUAAGUAGACCUUUCAGUGCUAUUGUUAAAGGUUCUGGCUUUCCAGAAAUCUGGAAACUCAAGUGUCAUAUUCUGCUCUUUUAAAAAUUGAUUUUCCCACUGCCUCAGAAUCUGUUUUAAGUAUGAGAGGCACUCCUUUGUAACUUGCUAAUAAACUGACUUUCUUUUGG